AUGACGGAUGACAAAGUCAACACAAGACCUCAAGUACUCGCGUGGGGUAGCAAUCUGUUUGCUCAGCUUCCUACUUGUCCACACGAUUAUGAUGGCGACACCCGGCCACGUCGGACGCUUGACGCCGCAGCAUGCAUUAUAGCGACGUGCUCGUAUCAAACCGUCUUUCGCAGUCCAAGUGGCGAACUCAGGGCUCAUGGUGAAUCACCGCAUCUCAUCGAACACGUCUGUCAAUGCUUGCUCCAAGACCGUCCGAAAACCGACACGCUUGUCUUUGUGGGCAAGGAUAUCUUCGAAGCGGUACUGGAUGUGGAAGGCGGAAAAGCGUGUUUUCUAGACUACGCUGAGGAAAGUGAGCGAGAACAAGCUUUUUGCACGAUAGAGGGGAGCAGGUGGAAAACCGCAGCUGUUGAUGGGAGGGGUCGAUGCAUGGCAGUGGACCUAGAAGCACACGUAUAUCUGUUUGGCUCGGUUGCCGACUUGAAAGCUGCAACUCAAACAGACGAGGCUGCGGUCAAGCUCAGACAAGAGGCGAGAUUCCAAGCUCACGUGUACUCGAAUGACGGCCUAGUAAGCCCUGUACAAGCAACUUCGGUUGCAAAGCUACCUCGGUUUGACAAGGUCUCUGCGGGAAAUGCGCACUUUGUGCUGCUCUCUCGCAGCAACAAAGAGGCACAUCUCUCGCCAAUAUGGAUCUUUGGCGACGCUCGAUUUGGUGCUGUUCCGAUCAAGCCGUUUGACCAUACCAUUGUUGUGGGCUUGCUUGUUGCGACCUCUGAAGCAGCAUCGACUUCGCCGACUGACAUAGCGUAUCUUAUGCCAGUGACGCACUUUUCAACCCACGAAGGGUUUCCUAGUGGCAUUGCGGAUGCCUGCGCAGGCUCUCGACACACGUUGGUCCUCACUUGCGACGGCGACCUCUAUGGAUGGGGCUGGAAUGAAGACUCGGCUCUCCUGCCCUUCGGUUCUGACGAGAAUGGGAUAUGGGAAAACAACAUUGUCUACGAGCCAACGCUCGUCCCCCUCCCUCGGUCUGGCAAUGACAGCGACGUCUCUAUCGUGUCCAUCAACGCUUCCAACGGCCGCUCAUUCGGCAUCACCACACAAGGACAGCUGCUUGUAGCAGGCUCAAACGAAUUUGGAUGCCUAGGUCUCAAUGAAACCCUUUCCGGCCUCAAGAAAAAGCCAAGAUUCGAACGCGACUUCAGCCAGAUCAAGAAGGAGUACGAUUGUGUCAACGGAUGGCAGAUGCAUCCGGACUGGACGUUCGAAGGCGAUGAGCGGGUGGUGGAUGUACAUGCUACGAUGCUAGCAACUCUCAUCACAGUUGAGACUACUUGCUAG